AUGUGCGCUAAGCGGCAGCAACAUGACAUUGCGAGUUCACAAGGCGACACAGUGAGUUCACAACAUGACACGGCGAGCUCCCAACAUGACAUGGCAAGCUCCCAACACGACAAGAGUGAGAGUGAAGAAGCAGAUGAUGACAGCGAUCAGACCAAUUUUGAUGGGACUGACUCAAGUUUGAGCGACUUCAAAGACCCCAAAUCUAUUGUGAAGACGCUAUCAACAGAGAUUCCGAGUUUUGUCUCAAGUACCAAGGCAAAGAACCAAGCGGUAACUGUGGACAAGCAGUUUGCACGUGCUCGCAAACGAGCAACAGAGACACCUAUGUGGGCAGAUGAUCUCCUCAGUGAAUCAGAAGAGUCUCGUGAUGAACCGGCACCCAAGUCUGACUCAGAUACUAGUAUCUUUGUGAAGUCAGAGCAAGAUUCAUCUGAUGCUGAGCGCAUGGGUAGUGAAUCAUCUUCACGCCACUCCGGAUCCUCAAAUGCAAAGCUCAUCCUAACCGAUAAUGGGAAGGUGAAGAACGGGAAGGUCGAAGCUCGCGUACCACUGUUUCGUGGUGAACUCAAGGACGACGCUUGCAGUCAAGUAACUGCCUACUUUUGUUUAGGAUCUGAUAGCGCUGCCUCUGCUAAACUCUUCAUCGAUAACCACAGCUACCACUAUUCCAUGCAGUUCAGUGACGACAACACCCCAAAACCAGUGCGACACAAACCUUACCAGGGCAAUAUCAUCAUGAACAUUAUGAAGGGUUGCUAUUUCAACGGAUCAAAGUCAGUCAGUGGCGUAUUUGCACAUAAAUUUACUGAAAUCAUGAAGAACAAAGCCAAUCGGCCUGAGGUCUCCAUCCCUAUGGUCACUUUGACCAGUACUUUGGUGUACGUGGCAUUCUUUUGGAAGGCCCAGAGCUCUCCGCCUAAGUUCAACUUCAUGGGGAACCAGUUUAGCAAAGUCUAUGUCUUCCAUGUGCAAUUUCUUGAGGAUCUAAAGAAGAACACACCACAGAAAUUCCACAAACUCAUGGCGGACAUUUUGCUGCAAUAG